UUUCUACGUCUUUGACUUUGAUACUCGUUUCUAUUCUAAACAGUCAGCGGCUUAGCGAGUCGUCGACGCCGAGCGUGUGGCUAGGAACCGCUUAGGGUUUAUCGAAUACGCACACGAUUUUGAAUCGCCAAGUUUUUCCAGGAAUUAUCUGACAAACGCGCUCAAUUUAUUCCUAAAGGUAACAAUCUACACACAGAUUCGGUUGCUAUAAAGAGAAUUUGUUAUGAUCAUUGUUUCCAAUGUCAUUUCCCAUGAAUAAUCAACCUUCGAUUCCACCAGCAACUUACCAUCAUCAUCAUCCGAUGGCGAAUCAUGGCAUCCAUGGAAAUCUUCUUGAAGUCACUGUGGUUUGCUGCAAUAAGCUCAAAGAUACGGAAUGGCUUUCAAGGCAAGAUCCAUAUGUUUGUGUUGAAUAUGGAAGUAACAGAUAUCGCACCCGUGUUUGUACAGAUGGAGGCAAGAACCCUACAUUCCAAGAGAAGUUCGUAUUUAGUCUGAUUGAAGGAUUAAGAGAGUUAAAUGUUGUUGUUUGGAAUAGCAAUACCAUCUCACAUGAUGACUUUAUCGGCAGCGGAAAGGUCCAAUUAGCUACGGUUCUUUCUCAUGGAUACGAUGAUACCGCUUGGCCAUUGCAGACUAAAACUGGCAGGCACGCUGGCGAGCUACGGUUGAUAAUGCACUAUUCCAGUGCCAAUAAACCCGCAAACAGUUAUGCUCCAUCAGCUCCACCAUAUGUUGCUUCAAGUUCACCCCAGGUCUCGAUGUAUUCUGCACCGCUGCCACCUUCAUCCACGUCUUAUCCACCACAGGCUUCAGGCGCUCCAUAUCCACCAGCCGGAGCUUAUCCUGCACCUUCUCCUUAUCCCUCAUACCCACCUAAUACAGGAGCUUAUGCACCAUCCUCAUACCCACCUCAGACAGCUCCUUAUCCUUCCCAGCCAUACCCACCUGAUUCAGCUUAUCCUCCCCAGCCAUACCCUCCUAACUCAGCUUAUCCUCCUCAGCCAUAUGGCUCCCAUUAUCCUGCUGGUUCUUCACACCAAGGAGGGUAUCCUCCACCUUAUUGAGGUACAGUUCCUGCCUAUAAAACGAAAAUGCAGCAAAGCAAUGUAUAUUUACUUGGCUGUGUUGAUGAUGAAAAGGAAAAUUUGGUUAUAAUCAUAUAAUGGUGUUGAGGAUUAAUAUAAUACCAGUCGCCAACUGAUCUGAUCCCCUGUAGUUUCUUUUCGGAUAUCUUAAUUUAGUUUAUUAGAGGGGGUUAACUUACUUGUCGUUUGUGCAUAUAAUCACUCGACAUUUAUGUCAAAUAGUAGUGAGCAGUGGCAGUGUGUCAAAUAGUCGUCGUUUGAUGGACGGGUACUGCACAAAGUUUGGUCAGUAACCGUCCAAAUGAUGAUUCAAGACAUGUACUUUAGGUGUGAGAUCAUCUAAAAUACAUGUCUUGGAAACAUCAUUUGCAUGUUUGUUGGGAAAGUUUUGUACGUUAAUGCUAUUUUUCUCUUUAUUUCAGUGAUGUAUGUAUGUAUGUAAUGGUGGUUAAAGUUUUCCUUGUGGGUUCUUUUUGUAUCCCUGCUUGUAGCAGGCAGAGAUGCAUGCAGAUGGGUUCUUGU